GCAGCACUCGGGCAGCUCCUGAGUUGAGGAAGGAAUGAAGGAGGCUGUGCCUCCGGGUUGCGCGGAGAGUCCAAGUCAUUUCUCAGAAACCUGAGAUAGGUGGGCCUUAGAGGAGACACCGCCCGAUGAGGCACCUGAGUCUCCCAGAGCUGAUGUGAUCCGGUUACAUGGGUCUUCUCUCGGCACCCACUGUUACCUCACCUGUGCUCGACUGACCCUGGGUAGCAGCUCGGUUCUUCCACCACCCGCAGAGAGCACCGCCAGGAUAAGGAAUUGCACCCUUGUCCGUCUGCUUGGGAGAGACAGAACUGGGCACUUCUCUGCGUGGAGGUGAGGGAGAAGCUGUCAGCCAGCCAGAAGAGCCUUGAAGUCCUCCGAUGGCUGGUGGGAGGAGGUGAACACCGCCAGGGAAGAUGGUCUCCGGUUGUGGCCCCGCGUAGCAACAGCUCCCCGGCCAGGGCCAGGGAUGUGCCUCUAGAGCACCAUGGACCGAGCCCACAGCGCAGCCCUGCAGCUGCACCAGCUGCCGCCCACAAGCAGCGCCGACCCGCUCAGCGAGCUUUCCUUCUCCUACAAGGAAAACUUGAUCGGCGCCCUUUUGGCAAUUUUUGGGCACCUUGUGGUCAGCAUUGCGCUUAACCUACAGAAGUACUGCCACAUCCGCCUGGCAGGAUCCAAGGACCCUCGGGCCUAUUUCAAGACCAAAACAUGGUGGCUGGGCCUGUUCCUGAUGCUGCUGGGUGAGCUGGGCGUGUUUGCCUCCUACGCCUUCGCUCCGCUGUCACUGAUUGUGCCCCUGGGCGCAGUCUCCGUGAUAGCUAGUGCCAUCAUAGGAAUCAUAUUCAUCAAAGAAAAAUGGAAACCUAAAGACUUUCUGAGGCGCUACGUCUUGUCCUUCGUUGGCUGUGGUCUGGCCAUCGUGGGCACCUACUUGCUGGUGACAUUCGCACCUAACAGUCAUGAGAAGAUGACGGGCGAGAACAUCACCAGGCACCUCGUGAGCUGGCCUUUCCUCUUGUACAUGCUUGUGGAGAUCAUCCUGUUCUGCCUGCUGCUGUACUUCUACAAGGAGAAGAAUGCCAACAACAUCAUCGUGAUUCUUCUCCUGGUGGCAUUACUCGGCUCCAUGACGGCGGUGACCGUGAAGGCCGUGGCUGGGAUGCUUGUCUUGUCCACACAGGGGAGCCUGCAGCUUGACUACCCCAUCUUCUAUGUGAUGUUCGUGUGCAUGGUGGCCACUGCUGUCUACCAGGCCGCGUUUUUAAGUCAAGCCGCACAGAUGUACGACUCCUCUUUGAUCGCCAGCGUGGGCUACAUUCUGUCCACUACCAUUGCCAUCACAGCAGGUGCAGUGUUUUACCUGGACUUCAUUGGGGAGGACGCGCUGCACAUCUGCAUGUUUGCACUGGGGUGCCUCAUUGCAUUCUUGGGCGUCUUCUUAAUCACACGUAACCGGAAGAAGGCCACUCCAUUUGAGCCCUAUAUUUCCAUGGAUGCCAUGCCAGGUAUGCAAAACAUGCAUGACAAAGGAAUGACAGUUCAGCCUGACCUCAAAGCUUCUUUUUCCUAUGGGGCCCUGGAAAACAACGACAACGUUUCUGAGAUCUACACUCCUGCCACACUGCCAGUCAUGCAAGAGGAACACAGCUCUGGGGGUGCCUCUGGGGUUCCCUACCGAGUCCUGGAACACACCAAGAAGGAAUGAGCCCACCUUGAAGGAGACUCUCCUUCCCUCCAUUUAUAACUGCUCUCAAGCGAGGCCGACAGUGGUUCAACCCUGAAUUCUAAAGUUUGCCUUUCAAGUCUUAUUUUUUUUUUUAAACAGAGAACUCUCUAGAAGGGGAUCUCGAAGAGCCUUAGUCUCUAGCAAAGAAUCCAUUAUCUUGGUCUUGGAGAUUUCAGAUGACCGGGGUGGGGGGAAUGAAAGCAGUAUUCUCUGGGCAGGGUGGGGGGAGGCCGCGGGGUUCAGACUCUGCCUGGUUCUGCCCUGCCAGCUUGGGAAAGCCGUCGUCAUUCCUGACGAUGGUAACUGAGCUUCCUCCGGCAGUGACCAAAGGUUGCCACAUUCCUCGGAGCUGAAGCAAGGCAGAGAUUCUGCUCUCACUUUCCACAUCCAGUGAAAGGUUAGAGACCUCUGAAUCUACUCUUCCCUUGCCUGAUCCUCCCCAUCUCACUCAUAAUUCCAGAUUUCCAAUAACAUCUGAGUUGUCAUCACAAGGCAUAGUAGGCCAGCCCCGGGAACACCCUAUCAUUCACCUGUAGGAAAUGCACUUCUGCCUUCCAGUUGUCUGGGUCCUUCCAGUGAAAACAUGUUUGGUGUGUUUAUAUUAGAUCUGCUCUGAAAACUAAUUUGGUUUUGGUUCUGUGAACUAUGUAAUUGCUUUUCUCCCCACCCCACCCCCUGCCGAAGGAACUGAGAAGUUAAGAGAAAGAGGGAAAUAAGGACGGGAGCAGGGGUAAUGAUACCUUAGCCCAUAAAGGAAGAAAAAUCCCUUUUCAUCUUACAAAAGGUGAUUGCACCACUUAUAAAGGGAUAGGCGGAAAAUCGGGCUGUUUCAUGUGUGUGUUCCUGCACACCAGUGCCCUCUGGGAAGCUUGGGGGUGCUUACUGCAGAGACAGCCUCCAUCAUUUUCCUUCCGUCAAACCAAACUUGAAUUAUAGGCUCAUUUCCUUGGAGUUGACCGCGACUCUUCGGGUCAUCGUUCCCAUGUGCAUAUGUCUGGGAAAGUGGGCAUUCUUGGUAAGAGGUUGCUGCUUUCUUUCAGGCUACAUACUUGACUGUCCUCCCCCAAAACUGACUAUAGAUUUUUGAGAAUGGCAAGUAAGGGUUUGCAAACUUGAGCAUAAGGAUCCCCUAGGGAGUGUGUUUAAAAUGCAGAUUCCUACACCCCAAGCACAGACCCUCUGUGGGAAUGACAGGGAGGAGCAAGAGUCUGCAUUCUUGACUGGCAGCAAGGUCAUUCUGAUGCAGGCAAUCCAAGGAUCACACACCUCGAAAGCCUAAUCACUGGGCUGUGAAAACCUCCAGGGGCCGACACACCCCUGCUGCAAAGUUGCAAUUACCCUAACUUGUUUCCUGUCUAGGGUUCAUGUAGCAGGUCAAAUAAUUCCCAUAGGAUCCGUGGCAUUUAUCCAUCCUGUGAUUCCUACUUAGAACUAAGCUUAAUGUUUCCCUAGGCACUCUUUAACUAAUAGGCGAGAUAACAGUGUUAAUAGACCAGUGUUGAUAGAUCAUUAACCUUUAUGGAUUGUGCUUAAUACCGAUUUACUACCUUGACUUCAAAAAACUGGCAUCUGUUCUUAUGAUAACCACUUCGGUAUUGUGUCUUAGUGCCUAAGAAGGCAGCAGACAAUGACCUUUUUUCUUCAGGAUGCAUUCAACAAUAUUUGUGACACAUUUGCUGUGUGUUAGUAAGCAUUUGGAUGGGGGUACCUGGGUGGCUCAGUUGGUUAAGAGUCUGUCUUCGGCGCAGUCCCAUGUCAGGCUCCCUGCUCAGGGGGGAGUCUGCUUCUCCCUCUCCUUCUGCCGCUCCCCCCCCCAAAUUGUGUGCGUGCUCUCUCUCAAAUGAUGGGUAAAAUCUUUUUAAAAAAUAAAUAUAAAUAAGCAUCUGGCUGGUGAAGGCUACAAAGAACAGCAGUGGUCUCCGCCCUGCAGACCCGCAGAGGAAGACACGUACCCGGGAAACCACAGCAGGGCGGGCCAUGAGAGGUGCACACAGCAACCAUGGGCCACGGAAAAAGGAUGGUUAGGGGAGCCCUGCUAAAGGUCAGGCCCUAGCCCAGAACAGGGUAUUCAGAAUUGAUGAUUUGGGGGCACCUGGCUGGCUCAGUCGGUAGGGCAUGUGACUCUUAAUCUCAGGGUCAUGAGUUCGAGCCCCAUGUGUGGUGUAGAUUUUACUUAAACAAAAAUGUUUUUUAAUUAAAAAAUAAAAAGAAUUGGAGAUGAUUUGGGCUUCACCCAUCAAUGGGGGCAAAUCUGAUUUGAGCAAAGCAUAGAAAGUAGGGUGACCACACACACCCCCAGUCAGAGGGGCUAGCAUUUGCAAAGGCAUGGAGAUAGGGAGUAGGUGUUGGCAAGGAAAGGAGAGGGAGAGAGGGUCAUGAGAAAUGAGCCUGGAAAGAUAAGCAGCGAACACCAAACCACCAAAUCACAGAGGCCUUGAAUGCCCGCUGGAGGAGCUCAAGGUGUGUCUUAGAGAGCAUGGGAGCCAUUGAUGAUUCAUAAGGAAGAGAAUGGCAGGAUCAACACUGAUUGGAAAGGGGGCUUUAUGCAGAGUAUAGAGAAUCUGAAGGGAUAAUAAGUCACUUUUCAAGGUCAAGCUGUAAGCCCACCAGAACAAAACACAAAGGGGGAAUUAAAAUCUGGUUUUGCUGCUAUUCAGAUUUUCCAAGUCAUUUUUCUAACGUGGGCGGGGAUGAGGUAUGAGGGCAGAGUGGAUAAAUGGAAGAUGAGCAAGGAAGCCAUUUCAAUGUGUCAGACCCAGGUGAUCAUUUUGGGGUUUUACGGGCUCCCAACCUCACUCUGCACCUUCCCUUUUUGGGUUAUGCACCUCUUAGUCUCAAGCCAGGCAAGGAUGAGACGAGUGGAUAAAAGUGCAUUAUAGUUUCAGGUCAGCUGUCAUGGUUUCAGUGCCACCAGCCACUGCCUCUGGGCCCUGGGCCUCCUCUGCCUUCAGGUUGGGGGCGAUGGCAUUGUCCUAUGAAGCUGAGCCACAGGAAGUCUGAGCAGAGAGCACUGGACACUUUCCUGAGUGGAAGCCAGGGGUAGGCCCCUGGGUACUCUGGAAGAACAGCUGAUGUGGAGCCCUGGGCUCCAGAGUUCUGAAUCUGUCUUGGGCUAUCUUCUCCCACCCUUUGUCCCCAAGUGUAAAUGGACUGUUUGCUGGUGGCACUUGCUGUUAGGACUGGGGGCGGGGGGGUAGGGCGUGGGGAGGGGCAUCAACUUUCUACUAUUUUUUUCUCUUGGCUCUGACAUUCCCCAAGCCCUCUUGAAUGCUCCAAGGCACAUUAAGUAGCAUGCCUCUCUCUCCUUCCUAGCAGCCAGUACCUAAAGCAAGGUCACCAAACUUGGGUUUAAACUUCCUGUUGUUCCCUCGUCUUCCUCUCCCCACUCCAGUCUGUCCCCCUCUUCUAAAGACUGGGACUCUGGGUUCUCUAAUCAGACAUUAGAACCAGUGAACCAGUUCAAAGACUGGUGCCUGUGGGCUUUGAUGAGAGAUCAGCCCCUCCCCCAAGCCCCUCCCCUUGAAGCUGCAGGUCUGAUGAGGCCAUUGCAUUAAGCUUCGGGUCACAUGGGGUUUUUGCGGUGUGGAAUUGAUUGCUGGGUAGGGAAGGGAGGACCUAUGGUUCCACUGAUUUUCUGGUGGAAACCAGCCAGCUUGAUGGUACUGUGUGUAUACAAGACAUCCAUCAGGGUAGUGUUAGAGACCCUCCACCCCACACUCUCGUGAAUUCCAAAUCUGGUCCAACAGUGGUUGAUAGGCCAAAAAAUGGACUGCGUGUUUCUCUGAGAAGCUGUGUAAAUGAAGUCACCUUAGAAUAUAUUCUAUGUGGAUGCUUAUAUUUUGUUAACUCCAUGACUGAUAUAGCAUGUCUUAUUUUUCAAAAAAUGUGUGUGUUAGGUGCAAAUAACAUUAUGAAGUGGUAUUUAAUUAAAACAAAUCCAUGUUAUACCUGUUU